UUCAUCACUGAUGGGAGAACGGAGGAGAUACUGGAUCAGAGCAGUGCUGGGAAGAACCUUCAAUAACUCUCGGAGUGGACACUGAUAUCGGCCAGAUUAAUAACAUGCAAGUUUGAUGAUUGAAAAUAUCACAGGAAGACAUUUUUUUAAUAAUCAGUUGAUUGUCAGAUAUUUUUGAUUGAACAGAGAAUGGCCACGAAUCUGUACCUGGACUCAGGUCCUUGUUUCAUCCGUGACGACGGGGAGCGGAAACUUCCUCCACUCAGCCGCUCAGAUGUGAAGCCUCAGUAUGUUCAUUGUGUGGCUUCGAAACCUCCACCUGAAAUCAACCACUCCGGUGAAAAACAAAGGUGUGUGAAGUUCACUGUGGCUGCUGUGAUCUGCCUGCUGCUCCUCCUGCUGGUGGCGGGAGUCCUCCUGGCUUACUACUACUCCUCGUCCUGUGCGCACGGGCUGCAGUGUGGCGAUGGGAGCUGUGUGUGGGAGUCCCAGUGGUGUGACGGGGUGACAGACUGUCGUUCAGGCCAGGAUGAAGCCAACUGCGUGAGGCUGCAUGGCUCCAACUUCCUGCUCCAGAUCUACUCGACUCAGAGCAGAAACUGGAGGACUGUUUGUUCUCACGGCUGGACCGACCAGCAGGGGAGGGCGAGCUGCCAGCAGGUCGGCUUCAGCCGGGGCACUUAUUUUAAAUCAGGCCAACGGCAGAUUGAUUCAAAUGAUGGGUACUUAAUAGCCAAGCCUGCCUUCAACCCUGAGGCGUCCAUACUGAAACAGCUGGUGCUCAGCAACACCUGUCCCAACAACCGGGCGGUGACUUUGCAUUGUACUGAUUGUGGGAGCAGGGUGAACUCCAGCAGGGCCUCUGGGGGCCAGCGGGCCUCUCCAGGGGCCUGGCCGUGGCAGGUCAGCCUGCAGGUUGCGGGCUCCCAUCGCUGUGGAGGAGCCAUCAUCUCCCCCUACUGGAUAGUCACUGCAGCACACUGUGUGGCCAGGGCCUCCAGCCCCGAGGACUGGGCCGUGUACGCUGGCAUCGUGGAUCCACUCGACACUCUGUUCAACCCUGCAUACUCUGUGAGCCGCGUGGAAGCCCACGAAGGCUUCAACUGGGUCACUCGCAGGAAUGACAUAGCUCUCAUGAGGCUCUCUAAACCUCUGGCCAUCACAGCCUCCAGUAAUAUCCGACCUGUGUGCCUCCCAAAUGUUGGCGUAGACAUCGCUGCUCCUCAGAAGGGAUGGAUAACACGAUUCAGUCGCACCGCCAAUGGAGACUCUGGCUCUGUACACCUGAUGGAGGCUCAGGUCUCUCUCAUAAACGCCUCAUACUGCAACAGCUCCAGCGCUCACGAUGGCAGGAUAUCACAGGACAUGUUAUGCGCCAGAGAGACGGAGGCGGUAGCCAACGUGUGCCAUACUGACAGCGGCGGCCCUCUGGUGUCCCUGAAGGGCGGAGUGUGGUGGCUCAUCGGGGACGCCGUUUGGGGAGAACACUGCCCUGAGCAGAACAAACCAGCUGUUUAUGGCAACGUCACCUAUUUUAUGGACUGGAUCUACCAACAGAUGCGGAAGCAUCAAGAUGACAAGACCAAAGAAUAACCAUCGGAGAUGUUUGUGUUAAUUCCUCAACAAUAUUGAUCUUAGUUACAUGAUGUAUUUUCUACAUAUUACUGUUCUGUGUUUUCUUAAUUACAAUUUUACUUUUGAUGCUCAAAUUCACAUAAGAAGCUCGAAUAAACAAUGUUUUCUUUUCGUCUCGUGACAGUAGCUGUUUGAUCAGGAUACAUUUGUAUGAAAGUCUUUAUUAUAUUCUUUGUAAAUACGGUUGAAGUGUUUCGUUUAAUUUAAAGUGAUAUCAAUAAAUCAACAUAAAACCACAGGUCACAUGCAACUGGAUCAUUUUCACAAAAACACACAU